UAAAGUUAGACCGGCUCGGCUUGGAUAUAAAAGCGAGCAGAAGAGCCGAGGCAGCGCGGCUUCAUCAGGUCUCUCUUCUUGAUCUACCAAUCCUCUGCUCACGUCUCGAGAUGGCACCAAAGAAGGCCAAGAGGAGGGCAGCAGCCGGAGAGGGCUCCUCCAAUGUGUUCUCCAUGUUUGAGCAGAGCCAGAUCCAGGAGUACAAGGAGGCUUUCACAAUCAUCGACCAGAACAGAGACGGCAUCAUCAGCAAAGACGACCUGCGCGACGUUCUCGCUUCCAUGGGUCAGCUGAACGUGAAGAAUGAGGAGCUGGAGGCCAUGAUCAAAGAGGCCAGUGGUCCAAUCAACUUCACCGUGUUCCUCACCAUGUUCGGCGAGAAGCUCAAGGGCGCUGACCCUGAGGACGUGAUCCUGAGCUCCUUCAAAGUCCUCGACCCUGAGGGAACCGGAACCAUCAAGAAGGAAUUCCUGGAGGAGCUCCUGACCACCCAGUGUGACAGGUUCUCCAAGGAGGAGAUCAAGAACAUGUGGGCCGCCUUCCCCCCAGAUGUUGCUGGUAACGUGGACUACAAGAACAUCUGCUACGUCAUCACACACGGAGAGGAGAAGGAGGAGUAAAAGCCUCCGUAACCGUGCAAACGCCUCCUCCCUGUAACCAUGGAAACCGCCUCGCCUCCUCCUCCUGAGCCGACGGGGAACACAACACCGUGAACGCCACCACACGCGCGUGCCUCUCCUCCCUCUCCUCCUCCCAUCCAUCCAUCCCUCACUCAUCCGGGAGGAAGAACUCGAGGAUUCAUUCCAAAUUUCUGAAGAAUUCCUCGGGCGGCGGCGGAGAGAGGGACGAGAGGCACCGGAAGGAGGAGAGGAGCGACAGAGCAGAAAGAAACAUAACCUCUUCUGCUCCUCUCUCUCCUCUCCUCCCAGAACAAAAUGUCCGCCUCUCCUCUGUAUCGAAUAAAAGGGACAACUGUGAAUAAAUCUCUUCUCUUUUUGUACAAGA